AUGUGGCCGCUGGCAGCCCUCCUGCUGCUGGUGGCCCUGGAGAAGCCCACGCUGUCCCUGCGCCCUCCCUGGACCACCAUCUUCAAGGGGGAGCGGGUAACCCUGCGGUGUGACGGGUACCACCCCCUGGUCGUGGAGCUCCGGCCCAUCAGCACCCUCUGGUACUUGGGCCACCUGCUGCUGCCCUCUCACGGGAGGAGCAUCGAGGUGCAGGCCCCAGGGGUGUACCGGUGCCAGACCCGGGGAGCACCCGUCAGCGACCCCGUCCACCUCUCUGUAUCCAACGACUGGCUGAUCCUGCAGGUGCCCUACGCCGCGGUGUUCGAGGGCGAGCCGCUGGUCCUGCGCUGCCGCGGCUGGUACGACAGGGCGGUGUCCCGGCUGCACUACUACCGCGACGGCCGCGCCGUGCGCUACUCCAGCUCCGGAGCCAACUACUCGGUGCCGCAGGCGCGCGCGGGCGACAGCGGCCGCUACCAGUGCUCGGGCACCAUGCGCCUCCCGGUGGAGAGCGCGCCCAUGUUCUCAGCCCCGGUGGCCGUGACCGUGCAAGAGCUGUUCGCAGCGCCGGUGCUGAGGGCGGGCCGCGCGGGGGCCGGCGGGGCGGUCCUUCGCUGCGAGACGCGCCUGCACCCGCGGAGGCGCGCGGUGCCGCUGCAGUUCGCCUUCUACAAGCACAGCCGCGUCGUGCGCCGCUUCGACUGGGCGGCCGAGUACCGAGUCCCCGAGGCGGAGGCCGGCGAGCUGGAGGCGCACUGGUGCGAGGCGGCCACGGCCUCCCGCAGCGUCCGCAAGCGCAGCGCGUGGCCGCAGCUCCCGGGGCGCGGGCCGCCCGGCGACCCGGCCGCCACCGCCCAGGGCCCGAAGGCCGAGCCCCUGGCGCCCGGGAACCAGCCGCUAUCCUUCCGAAAGUCCCUGCCGCCCACGUCGGCUCCGUCGGUCACCUCCGCCCCUAAGGCCACCUCCGCCGGGCCGCGGGCCCCCGCAGUCAGAGCUCCCGGCGCCGCGCCUGCUGCCUGCGCCCCGCAGACGCCACUGGACCCCGCCACGGGGCCCCUGAAACCCGAGGUGGACCUGCUGCUCCGAGAAAUUCGGCUGCUCAGAGACCUGCUGAGCCGAGUGGUCCUGGGAAUGAGGGGCCCGCAGGCCUCCCCCGAGCCCGAGGCCGCACCAGGGACGCCGGAGGCCCCCUGGGCUGAGUCCGUGGAGACCAGCGCUGCGGGGAGCUGA